AUGCAAGCCUCUUCCGAGCCUAAUGUCACGCUAUUGAGGCCUCUGGGCUUGUUUGAGCGCUACUGCCUCGCAAGACAUCAAGCCGGCGUUCCAGUCGUUCUGGCCUGGGUGGUCGAGGUGAAGCUGGAUUCGAGCGAAGAACAGCGAAAUUUCGCGCAGCACCUCCAAAGACGCAUCAGCUCCAUCGUCGAGCAGAAUGCGCUCCUGUCGUGUCACGUUGCCCACGCAGCCACGCGAUGUCCGAGAUGGGCGCGUCGAGGUGGCACGCUGCCAGUUGCAGACAUUUUGCGUGUGGAUACGCUGACCGACGUGCAGGAGCCAGUGGAUGCGCAACAACGGCUGGAGGCCUUGAUGGCAGAGAGCAUCGACACUGGCUUCCCAGACUUGACGCGCGGAUUCCUUUGGAAGGUGCACUUGCGCCACUACAAGGGCAGCAGCAUAUUGUCUCUGGCGGCGCAUCACGCAAUCGUCGAUGGAAGAGGUCUGGCAAAUUUAUUGGAAAAUCUUCUCCUUGACGAUUCUUCACGCCCCGCGCCUGCUCUAGACUCGGCCUUUACACUUGCGAGGCAAGACGAAGCUCUGCCAGCUUCGGCUGAGCAUCAUCAUCUCAUGAAGCCUUCUUUCGGAUUCAUGCUUCCUAUCCUUUUCAAGGAGCUCCUCCUUCCUCUUCUGCCGACCUCCCUCUCCACCUACUUUCAACGCGCGCCAUCCUGGGGUAUCGAUGCGAUUCGCAACGGCGAGAACCACAGUGGCAUCGAGCGUCGGCUUCUCUUCUUUGACGAUGGCAAUCUCGUAAGAGACAUCAAACAUCACUCCGCAAAACACGGAAUCAAGACGCUUCAUCCCGUCAUACAUACCGCUGCAGUGUUGGCUGUUUGGUUCCUCUCGCAACAGCAACGCAAGACCAGCGGCGCCAAAGAAGAUGAGAAAGCGAGCGCUGCCAUUGUUGUGGAGAGCAGCACUCCACGCAGUCUGCGAAAACCGGAGCGGGACUCCUUUUGCUCGGGCAAUUUGAUAGCAGGGCACGUCUCUUCCCUUGCGUUGAAUAACGACUCCUCGGUAUGGUCUCUAGCCCAGGAAUACCAAGCAGGUCUGCUCUCUCCAACUGCGCAGUCCGAAGCACUGAUGAGGGUAGGUCUACUAUCCUACCUUCCCGAUUCCGCAAGUCACAUUUCCACGCCCGAAGAGCCGACAGGCUGGGAAGCUUUUGUUCGUCGAAAAAAGGCUUCCACCACUCCUUACAAUCACACGUUCGAGUGUUCCAAUGUCGGCCUUCUCAACCUGGACUCUCGAUGGGCGGACAAGAUUGGACGAGCGGUCUGGGCUCAGAGAAAUCAGCCCAUGUCGGAUAUGAUCAACCUAGACGUUUGCGGCAUCAGGCGUCGAGCCAGCACCCCGCAGGACACGUCUGAGCAGGUAAACGUCGAGUUGAGCUGCUCGGUCUCUUGGAGAGAGGCAGCGCUGGAUGGAGAGACGUUUGCUCAGGUCUUUGAGAACGUCUUGCGGGCUUUUGCCAGGGGCGAGAUGAACCGCGAUGUACUUGUCUGGGAAGCUUUGGAGCGUACUCGCGGGAGCUGA